AAUAUGCGCAUGCGUUGUAGCAACUUGUAUAAUCGGAUAAGAUUUGUUCUUGUGUAUGCAGUCUGUUCCACAAGUAUUUUGAUGAUAAAAUGCAGCUGACCCAAAAAGAUACUAUUAAACUUAUAGAGGAAUUUCGUAACAGAAGAUGUUUAUGGGAUCCAACAUGUGCUGAUUUCAAUAACCGUGCUAUGAAAAGGAAUAACUACGCGGAGUUGGCAACAUUAUUCGAUGUCGGCUACAAAGACGUGGAAAGUAAACUCCACAAUUUGAGGUCACAGUUUUACCGGGAACACAAAAAAAGUUGAAACUUCCAAACUUACAGGCAGGGACGACACUUUUGUACCCAGAUGGUACGGUUAUGAUAUGCUAAUGUUCCUCAUAGGCGUUGAAAAACCGGACUCGAACCUAGCAAAAAUUAAGGUUCUUGCAGAAGAGAGCACCGGCAAUGAUGAAGAUAACCCCAGUAAUUUGAAUCACUGUGAUGAAGUGUUGGAGAAUGGAGAAGUGCAUACAGAAGAUACCCAAGUGUAUCGGCGCCCACGUAAGCGAAAGGUAUGGGGGACAUCGACCCCCACAUUCGACACCAUCGUCAAUGUAAAUCGACCGAAUGACCACGCCCCGUCACCACAGUAUGAAAACCAGUUCACAGCUUUUGCCAGACAUGUCGAGGCUGAGCUAAGGGAGAUAAAAAACGGCAGACGUCUUCUGAUUCUUAAAAAGAAAAUUCAGGACCUGAUCUUUGAGACCAAAUUAGAAGAGAUGGACAAUAAUUGUUAACUGCUUACCCUGGGAAUGUUGUUUUCAAUAUCUUUGUUUUUAUAAUAUCUUGAGAGAGACCAUCAAGUGGUCAAUCGUUUUGUUUACUAAAAAAAGAAAUAUGGCAAUAUGUAUAGUUUUAAAAAAUAAUA